GUGAUCAAACGUACGAUGUAUAAGGGUUGGCGAAGCAAGGUUAUUGACACAACGUUCCCGGUUAGGUAUGGAGUUAAAGGCUUGGUACCAGGACUCGAUCGAAUCUGCUGCGAAGCCUGUACUGCUGCUUUGGACGGAUACCAGAUCCUGGUAUUGUCCGAUAGAAACGCCAGUAAGGAUAACGUGCCAAUAUCGUCACCUCUAGCUGUUGGAGCAAUUCAUCAGUGCUUGAUUCGACAUCGCUUGAGAAUGAAGGUUUGCAAGAAAAAGUUAUUAAUCUCGCUAAAUUUUGCGUGA